AUGCGGAUGUGGAAGGAAAGGGUGCAGAUAGGAUGGGAAGGAAGGUCGGAGGAAAUUGGUUUCGUUGCGGUUGAGCUUGCACUGGGAGGCUUUUUGUUGCAUCACCAUCACCAUUAUUGCAUUUUCUGCGUGCUUUGCUUUUUUAUUUCUCGGUCUGCAAAAAUCUGGGCGGGCGGCUAUCUGCUUUCAAAAAGCAUUUUAUUUGCGUGCAUCGGUCUGAUUCUCAACCCUGUCUUUCUUGUAUCAUUUGUUCUUGAGCUCCGUUGCGCUUUGGACAGCUGGGUUGAGGAUGCUGCGCGAGGAGAGUGA